AUGUUUCACCAGAGAAAAGAUGAUUCACCAGGUUCCAAUAAUACAAGCAUACCCUCAGGGGCCCCAGCCAGCGCACCCGAGCACCUACCCUUAAAGAAGCCACCAAGUGCCCCCCGCCCUGCCGCUCCCCCCACAACAAAAGUGCCUACCAGCCAGAGCCUGACGCAAAAGGGCAUCCUCUUGAAGAAGGUUGUCCCGUCGGACAAUUCCUGCCUCUUCGCCAGCAUUUAUUAUCUUGUCAAAUGUGUAUUCCAUGUGAAAGGCUUUGACAUGAGCCAAACAAGCUUACCUAGGACUUACAUGAAGAACUUGCAAAAUUAUGACUGUGCCAAAACAAACCUGGCAGGUGGAGGGGAAAUUGACACAAAGGAGCUCCAUGCCAUGAGGCAGGUGGCCGCUACGGUGAUCCAGAGUCAGCCAGACGUGUACAGUGAGGCCCUCCUGGAGAAGUCCAAUAGUGACUACUGCAAGUGGAUCCUCAAGGAGACCUCCUGGGGGGGUGCCAUCGAGCUCUCCGUCUUCAGUAAUUACUACGAGAUUGAGAUUGUUGCCCUGGAUGCCAAGACGGGUGUGCUGAAUAGGUUUGGAGAGGAUAAACGGUUUGACCACAGGAUGAUAGUCAUGUACGACGGCAUCCACUAUGACCCUGUGUACAUGGAAACGUUUGAGGAUCUAAUUGUACUCCUGAAAGCAUAA